GACAGUGACUAUGGGAAGCCGCCUAUUUAGUCCAAACUGUGUCGAUCAGCAACUCCCAGUAUUGGUUGUGAUCUCGAGUAGAAAGUGUUCGAUUUAGAAAAAUCUUAGCUUUUCAAACAAGUAAAAAAAUGGCUCUAAAAACGGAUCAAAUAUUGGACAAACUAAACGAAAAACUAGCUCAAGUAGAUCGUAGCAAACGUUCCUUCACGGUUAUAUUAUUUGUCCAUUUACGACAGGAAGGGAAAGUGGUUAAGAGUGUUGUAUUGGACUUCAAUGAUUUGAAAAUUUCGGAAAUCGAACUAGCAGCCACCAGCACCGCGGAUUAUCCGGCUGAGCGCAUCGAUGCGUCCAUUACGAUUGACGAUAACGACUUCUACCUGGUGGCAACGAAGGAAACCUCAUUUGCAGCCCUUAUCGAACAGGGGAAAGUGGAUAUUACUGGCAACAAACAGGCAUUUAUAACUCUAGACGAAAAAUUCAGAAAUAAGUGAGUCUAGAAGUUUCAGAACAACUGAUACGGAUAAGCCAUCGUGACAAACGCAAAACAACGCAGAAAACAACAACCAAUUGAUUGGCGAUAUCGGUAAAUGAUUUAUAAUAAAAUCUUAUCGGUGGUUACACAAUACUUUUAGUAGGCGUUUGCAUAAUAAAAAUAAUCGUUAUGUAAUCGAUUAAAAUAUCGGUUGUAUUAUGUA